AUGAUUUUCCCUGCAUCUUUCAAACAUGCACAAAAAAUUAAAAAGAAUUUAUCUUUUACGCGUUUGGUUUUGUCCUUUUCUACAUUACGUACAUUGGUUCUACCCUUCUCAUGUCCUCUCCGAUCUGUAGAUCUAUUUCAACAAUCUUUUCCUGACUCUUCUACAACUACUCCUCAUAUUUUAAUUACGACUGACACCUCUGAUAGUGAUAUUAGUGCUCCUCUCUCAGUCUCUCCUUUAAACUGUACACCUGCGGAUUUCUUACCUUCAGUUUCUGCUUCAGCCCUCCCUUAUGAUAACACACAGCAUUCAUCAUACACUUUCAUGUUACGUACUAUCCUAGAUGGAUGGAUACAACCUGCUCGAAAUGUUGGAUCUAAUUGUUUAUAUUUUAUUUGA